CCCAAAAUCAAUCGGAUACGACUCAAGACGCCAAAGACACUACCGGUAGCCUACGGUCCAACGAAUGCUAUUUUAUCCAAGUCGUUUUUGUUUGUUUGAGGAGGAUGCUGGUGACUUUCGGCGCCUCACUUGGAACAAAGAAGAACAAUAAUACUUGACAACAAAGGGGAGAGAUACAAUUUGAACUGUUUGAUUUGGAGACCGGUGUCAGAAAUAAGGAAGAUAUCAAAGGACAUAGGCUACACAGGAGCAACUGCACUGUAUGAUAUUGCAUGGUACUUUUUCUUUGUGUUUCUUUUUGCACAAGUCGGAAAACAGGCUAUAAGGUGUUAAUUGCCUUAGUGUAUUUUGGAAACGGAAAUGUCGAGCUGGUCUCUUAUUAAUGUAAAGGUGCUUUGUUAGUUUCAAUCUAGCUACGAGGCUAUUUUUGUUCAUACCGUUCUCUUAGUCUUAAAUUCCGUGUUCGGUGAGUGCUAUCGUGAUGCUGCUGUCAUAAAGUAGGAUUUUCAUUUUUCUCCGAACUGAGUUUUUAUAUCAAUAGCCAAUUCGAGUGUUUCGUUGCUACACGAGUAGCCUAUAUAUAGACACCAAACCAUUGUGACAGUAGCACAGAAUAUAGGCUACUCAAACAUCAUCAGUGCUACCUAACCAAAGCUGCAGGCACUGCGUCCCGACACUGAAGCGUACCAGCCACUACAGUAACCCAGCUGUCGUAAGGAUUCAACAACUCCAUCAGCACGAUGAGUGAUGGACCAAGGCAACGCGGGAGCGCGGCUUCGGCGUCAGGAGACGCGCAGUCAGACAGCGGGAAGGACUCCGGUGGCGCAGUGGCCCUGAAGAAGGAGAUCGGGCUCGUUAGUGCCUGUGGCAUUAUCGUAGGUAACAUUAUCGGAUCAGGGAUCUUCGUGAGCCCCAAGGGGGUUCUGGAGAACGCCAGCUCAGUGGGCUUGGCUCUGAUCGUUUGGAUUGUCACUGGCAUCAUCACUGCCAUUGGCGCACUCUGCUACGCCGAGCUGGGCGUCACCAUCCCCAAGUCUGGAGGUGACUACUCUUACGUCAAGGACAUCUUCGGGGGCCUGGCCGGAUUCCUGAGGUUGUGGAUCGCCGUGCUGGUCAUCUACCCCACCAACCAGGCAGUCAUCGCCCUCACCUUCUCUAACUACGUGCUGCAGCCCCUCUUCCCCACCUGUUUCCCUCCGGAGAACGGCCUGCGUCUGCUGGCAGCAGUCUGCCUGUUGUUGCUGACAUGGGUGAACUGCGCCAGCGUGCGCUGGGCGACGCGCGUCCAGGACAUGUUCACCGCAGGGAAGCUCCUCGCCCUGGCACUCAUCAUCAUCAUGGGCAUCGUGCAGAUCUGCAAGGGAGAGUAUUACUGGCUGGAACCGGCCCAUGCCUUCGAGCCUUUCCAGGAGUACGAUGUGGGCUUGAUCGCCCUCGCGUUCUUACAGGGCUCCUUCGCCUAUGGGGGCUGGAACUUCCUCAACUACGUGACUGAGGAGCUGGUUGACCCAUAUGUGAACCUACCUCGUGCCAUCUUCAUCUCCAUUCCUCUGGUCACGUUUGUUUACGUCUUUGCCAACAUCGCCUAUGUCACCGCCAUGAGUCCACAGGAACUCUUGGCGUCCAACGCUGUUGCUGUGACAUUUGGAGAGAAGCUGCUGGGAGUGAUGUCAUGGAUUAUGCCCAUCUCUGUGGCUCUGUCCACCUUCGGAGGGGUCAACGGGUCCCUCUUCACCUCGUCCCGGUUGUUCUUUGCGGGGGCAAGAGAGGGCCACCUCCCCAGCCUGCUAGCCAUGAUCCACGUCAAACGCUGCACCCCCAUCCCAGCUCUCCUAUUCACUUGCCUGUCCACUCUGCUCAUGCUGUGCACCAGUGACAUGUACACUCUCAUUAACUACGUGGGCUUUAUCAACUACCUCUUCUACGGGGUCACAGUUGCUGGCCAGAUCGUCCUGCGCUUCAAAGAGCCAGACAUACACCGACCAAUCAAGAUCAGCCUGAUCUGGCCAGUGAUCUACCUGCUGUUCUGGGCCUUCCUGCUCAUCUUCUCGCUGUACUCGGAGCCUGUGGUCUGUGGCAUCGGCCUGGCCAUCAUGCUCACCGGCGUCCCCGUCUACUUCCUGGGCGUGUACUGGGACAACAAGCCACAGUGCUUCAACUCCUUAGUUGGUAAGAUGACGUACGUCGGGCAGAAGUUCUGCUUGGUGGUCUACCCUGCGGAGGACCACAAAGACGACGACGCGGGGGUCGAGCUGAAGGAGGAGAAGUCGCCUCUGUCCGGGGAGGAUGGAGAAACGCAGAAGUCCGACUGCUAAAUGGCCAGCCGCCGUUCUGUUCAUUCACUCGUUCACCUACAACACUGCAAAGCACCGCCAGUAGUACACUUGUCUUUUUAACACUGAAUCGACACCCGUGAUUGACACACAGAUGGGGAGGGACCGGUAAAGAGGACUGAGGGUCUCGUUUUUUGGGGGGUGUGGGGAAGAGCUGGACACUAACCAGCUGAUCUUCUCAUUGAAUACACUACCUCUCAGUGGUCCCUGCUCCCCAACACCCUCUAGUAGCUCUGAAUGUGACAGUCAGGUCCUCACAUUUACACACACACACACACACACACACACACAGACACACACACACACACAGACACACACAUACACACACACACACAGACACACACACACACACACACACACACACACACACACACACACAGAGCAUCUCAUCUACUUCACCCUUUCCUUGCCUCUGCAUCGCUUCCACACUCAUCCUGUUAUUCACACACUCCCUGCACACUCCGAUUUCAAGGCAUCCUCACUACAUUGCAGCUUUGACUUGAUUUUUUUCUUACUGCUUUAUAAUAGUGCUCUCCCAAAGAUCCUUCAGUUCUAGUGUUAUUAAGCAUUUGUGAUCAACAGCACCAAUACACCAAGAACAGUAUAGGCAUUUUUCAAUGCCAACAACCAUGAUUCCCAAAAUGUUUUUUUUUUUUUUUAUAAUUGUGAUAAUUGUUUUGUCAUGUGAAUUUAUUAUUACUUUUAUUGCUGUUAAUAUUAUGUUGUCAUUUUCAGUCAUUGUUUUCUUUUUUUAUCCAUUGUCAACUCUGGACUCGACUUUCUAUGCUUCAGGGACUCUUGAGGUGAGGUGAGGUACCUCCCCAAUCUCUUUGUGGUGCAAAAGGAGUUCCAGCUCUUUUAAUUGCCUUAAUUAUGAUGAUACAAUCUGUACUUAAGUAUUAGUUUUAUUAUUAUUAUUGCUAUUGGAAGAUGAUCGAAAAGACAAAACAUUUGGAAUGGUAUUGAAUGGUUCGGUUGUGAUAUUCAAUUCAGCCGAGGGUAAAGAUUAAUUGCACACUAGUCAGCAAGUGAAGAAACAAUUUCCCUGAAACAAGGUUACAAGAUAGGAACACCUUGUCCAGAUAGCAACUCCUGCCAAAGCAAACUCAUAAGUGCAGUGUAGGGGAAACUACUCCAACAUGGCUAGACAUCUGCAACUGAUAUUGGGAGCAGACAGCUCCACAUAAAACGACUAAAUGUGCAAUAUGGCACACGUACAUCAGUGCAAUUUCUAUGCAAAGCAAUAUGUUUAUUCAACACAGUAUAUGAAAAAUAUAUAUACAGUAAAUUAUACGUUUAGAAGGUUUAUACUUUUUAUUAGACUUAUUAAGCUGAUAGAAUAAAAAGUAUUAAAGAUACAUAUUAAGACAAUUUGUAUAAGCAUAUUGGGUAGUUUGUGAUGGAUGUAGUUCUACUGUAGGUGGUUGUACAAUAUGAUGCUAAAGAGAAAAUCACUAGUCAGACCGCCUGACCUGACUCAGAGACAGCUACGCCCUUAACUCAAUGCUACUCAGUAGUUCCAUACUGCCAGUCCGCUGCCCUCUGUUGUCAGGCAGGCCCCCCUCACUCUGCCAUCGGUGGCCCUACUGUUCUGCAACACUGUGUAUAAUGAAUUCUAAAGAGAGACAAGUCCGGCUUCAGUCAUGAGAAGGGCAUAUCCAAACUGAGUCAAGUAGAUUGAGAGAAAUGCUGUCCUCUAUUGAGGACACCUCUGAAGCACUCACACUGCUAUUUUCUAAAUGACACCAAUAUCAACCAGAUUUAGAACAUCCUCGUCAAGGCGCAAAAGCUAUGACGGCUGGGUUGACAUCUUCGAAAUUAACGGAGUCAGUCACAGGUCGAAGGUUUCUUGUGCUGGCUGAUAUUGUUGGUGCAAAGGUGUAUGGUUAUCAUUAUCAGGGUCACUGGGUUUUUGUUGGAUUGAAAUUGUGUCUUGUGCUUAUACUCCGAGAUCACGUACUAUGUAAAAACUGCUCACAUCGGAGAAUGGCCAUGUGUUCAGUCACACUUUGCCAAUGACUAGCAAGAGAUUGUUGUGACAGAUGAGUUACUCUUCAUGCCGUAGUCUUUUAGAUCAACUCUUAUCCACCCCUUAAUCUGAUUAUUUUCAUUUGCAUUGUAUCCAUCUUGUGAUGAGUACCCACUGUUUUUGGGAGUUUAAUGUUUUUUUUCCUCUCUGUCUCUUAUGUACACCUGGUUAGAUUUACUGUGUCACUGUGAAACCUCACAUGCUAGAUAAUCACCUUAAGUUGGGUGGACAAGGUGAGCCACAGGGUACUGAAAGUGCUGACUACGGUGCCUGAUUGCACACCAAUUACUUUCCUUCACAAACCAAACAAAUGCUGCAAACAAAUGUCCUGAUAGCCAACACGGGUGCUAUGGACACAAUCAUUGCCUGACACUAAUCAGUAAGAUUUUCAAAGCCAUGUAGUUCUAAGGUAAAGUUUAACGGCCUGAGUAGGUGACCCCCCCCCCUCCCCUCACAAAAUGAUUGUGACUCACCGCAAAGAUGAUGUAUGAGGUGUGUGAAAUGUCGAAAGUUGUUCCCAGUAAAGUUCUCUUUUUUUUAGAUAGAAAACUGAUCUGAGAUCACUGUUUCCACCAAAAUGUUGUGUACAUAGAUAAAUAAAUCUGUAAAUGGAAACCAA